AUGGAGGAUAUAAUGGACAAAGAGUGGCUGCACUUAUCAAGAUUUUCAGAACAAUACAAAGCUGGAGCACGUAAUUUUGUUGAACGAGCUCGUGAAAAUAGUAAUUCAGAGAUGAUAGUAUGCCCUUGUGUUAAGCGUAGGAAUCUAAUGCAUCACCAUUAUGAUAUAGUCUACAAACAUUUGGUUAUUCAGGGUAUGGAUCCUGCAUAUAGCGUCUGGAUAUUUUAUGGAGAACAACCAAAUACAUCAAAUUUAGUCGAUGUGCAAAUGCUCGAGUCACGUAGGAUGUUCGAGGACUUCUAUGCACAAUGCGAUGAAGAUCCUGAAAACCCUCCUGAUGGAAGAAAGAAAGAGCUCGAAAGUUUAGUUCAUGAUGCUGAAACUCCUUUAUAUCCUGGCUGUAAGGCGUUUACGAAGAUGUCAGCUUCUGUUGUUAUGUUUAAGCAUAAAGCUUCACAUGGUUUAUCAGACAGUGGUUUCGAUGAACUCAUAAAUCUUGUUCGAGACAUGCUGCCAGAAAAUAAUACACUUCCGAGCUCAUUUUAUAAGAUGAAAAAACUUGUUAAUACAUUCGAUCUUGGCUAUGAGAAAAUACAUGCAUGCUAUAAUGAUUGUUGUCUAUAUAGAAAGGAGCUUGAACAUGCCAAGGUCUAUCCAAAAUGUGGUUCCUCAAGAUGGAAAGUUAAGAAACGGACUAAGAAAAUUGAAAAAAAAGUUCUUGCAAGAGUCUUACGUUAUUUUCCGAUAAUACCAAGACUUAAGAGAAUGUUUGGAAUAGAUGAGAUGUCAACACAACUAAGAUGGCACGCAAGUAAUAAAAGUUCGGACGGCAAAAUUAAGCAUCCGGUUGAUUCAUUGAGUUGGGAAACAAUUAAUAGAAGGUGGCCACAUUUUGCAUCAGAUCCUCAAAAUAUUAGAUUAGGUCUUGCCACUGAUGGAUUUAAUCCUUUCAAAGAUCUAAACUCUAAAUACAGUUGUUGGCCAGUAAUUCUAACUAUAUAUAACUUGCCUCCCUCAUUAUGCAUGUUAAAGGAAAGUCUAAUGUUGAGUUUAUUAAUCCUGGGACCUAAGCAGCCUGGUAAUGACAUAGAUGUUUUUCUGGCACCACUUGUAGAUGACUUGAUAUUGUUAUGGAAUGAUGGGGUUGAGAUGUAUGAUGCAGUUACGAAGUGCACAUUCAAUUUAAAAGCUAAUUGA